AUGUGUGGCAAACAGUAUAUUAUUAAUAUACUUAAAUUGUACAUAAUUUUAAUUUGGUUAAGUUGUAUUUCAAUUUAUCGCUUUCUCACGUGAAAAUUCUACAUUUUGUACGUUACAUUUCAAAUAUCGGCUACCAAUCAGGCCACAGCUUCUUCCCGGCAAAUCCAAACUAGCACUAUAAAAAUGCUUACUCACAAUUUACCGUCAAACAAAUCACAUGGACCGACUAUACAAACAAUUCCUAUUAUUUGUGACCUCUUACAAGCCGUAAAUUACAAUCCACAUACUUACAAACACGGAGAAAUAUGGAAAAGCAAAAGUUAUGAAGCGCCUGUGCCGAAUCGGACCAAUCGGCUGCUUUGUUUUGCCGCCUUUUGUUUGACAACUAACAUGUCCGCCAUGUGAUGGCAAGUCGUUUCUUUAAGUUGUUUUGUUUUCGUUACAAUUUUGAAUGCAAUAAAUAGGUGAAUAUGUCGGAUUAUUUAACCCCGACGCCGCCCCAGUCUCAACACAUAACACCACCCGAAGAGAUUCAAACACCAUGGGGCCGACUGAUAGCGAGAAGGAAAGAACUGGAUUCGGUUGACCUGAUCACCGAUUCUAUUUCACUUGGACGGGAUGCCGAAUGUGAUAUUGUAUUGUAUCGUGAAACUUUUCCGCAGAAUUUGUUGCAAUCCGUUAGUAAACUUCAUUUUGCAAUCUCCAAAGAUGGGGAUGGACCAGUUUACAUAACUGACUUCAGCAAAAAUGGCACUUUUGUAAACCAGACUAAAGUUGGCAAGAACCGAAAGUUUAUAUUACAAAAUAAUGAUAAUAUAUCUGUUGGAAACAAACGGCUUAUCAUUUACAUGUUCAAACUUAUGGACUCUAUUGAUAAUAAAUAUUUACCUGCAUCUUUGCGAAAAAGAUACGAGGCUGGUGCGUUUUUGGGUAAAGGAGCAGCUGGUGAAGUUCGUCUAGUUUACGAAAAGACAACAUGCAAAAAAUUUGCUGUCAAAAAAAUUAAUAAAGGUAAAUUCCAUAGUAAUUCGAAUUUACAUCAGUUAAAUCAUCCGAAAAAGAUUUAUUCAGAAAUCAACAUAUUACAAGAAGUAAAUCAUCCUUGCAUUAUUUCUAUGGAGGAUCUGGUGGAAACUGAGGACGAUGUGUACAUCAUACUGGAAUAUAUGCAAGGGGGUGAAUUAACUGACCGUGUUGAGAAGCACAAUUUGACUGAAUCACAAGUCAAAUUCUAUUUCUAUCAAAUAACAUUGGCAGUCCAACACUUGCACUCGAAAGGUAUAACGCAUAGGGACUUAAAGCCCGCCAAUGUUUUGUUGUCCUCAACAAGAUUUGACUCUUUGGUAAAAGUAUCAGACUUUGGACUAAGCAAGGAAACACAUGACAACAUCAUGAGUACUAUAUGUGGCACUCCACACUAUGUUGCACCAGAGGUUCUAGACGGUAGAUACAAAGAAUACAAUAAUCAGGUAGACAUCUGGAGUUUGGGUGUCAUAUUAUUCUAUAUGCUUUCUAAAAAGUUGCCGUUUGAUGCCACCGAUCGACCUACGUUAGGUGCACAGAUAGUCAUGGGACAGUAUACUAUGAACGACCCCGCUUGGCAAGGGAUAUCUGUCCAGGCAAAGGAUUUGGUUCAGAAUAUGUUGAAGACCAAUCCAAAAGAAAGGAUAACCGUAGAAGGGAUUCUGAAACAUCCCUGGAUCAUGCAGGAUAUGACGGUGAGAUAUAAGGUGCACGGUUUAAUGUCGUGCGCCUCGAAAUCGGACGACUGUGAACCAUUCGCCAAACGGUUCAGACUAGAUGAAGACUAGUUCAGAUUAUUUUGUUUUUUAUUUUUUGAAGUACCAGUUUAUUUGUUGUGAUAUUUUGUUAUAUAUAUAGUAGAAGCGUGACAGCAGUUUGACUCUUUUAGGCUUCCACAAUUUCUUUUUUUGAAUCUCUAUAAUAUUCAUAAAUUUGUGUCUUUCCGCAUUAUAUUUUUUUACUGUUUACAUUUAUUUUUUGUAUUCGUUACUUUUUUUAAAGAACAAAUUUGUGAUAUUAGUAUUAAGUCAAACUUACCUUAGUAUUUCAUUUUUACUAUUAGGCACGUUUACAUCAUCAAGUUUUAUAUAUGUGACUUGAACCAUCACAUAAAGUUCCUAAUGCAAUGUUAAUGUGACAAUAGGUAAUGAGACUUGUGUUAUAAUGUUACGUUUUUUGAAUACACUGUUUAAAAUGUUGCACAUAAAAUAUUGUUUGUUUGUGUAAUAGUUAGUUAGUAAGUUUGUUAUUGAGAAUGUUUUUUAGUUGUCUUUUGACUAUUUUUAUAAUGUAUUAUGAAAGUUAAAUAUACACUAAAUGCCUUUUAA